GACAACAAAUAGUGUUUUUCUCUCGAAGUGGCAAAAAACUAUCACCAAUGCUUAAGCUAGAAUGAAAAACCGCAUUUGCCCUUCAUCGAGCUCAUGUACAUAUGCGUCGCCACACUUUUCUUGAUUAAACCGAACGUUAAGGGCGUUAUUCGUUAUAGACUUUGCAACCCGACAAGUUCAGAAACCGUACAAUGUCGCUGACAAUACAGCACAUCAUAACUGAUGCGAAACAAUUGGCUAAAAGGCUAAAGGAAAGGGAGUCGAUUGCGGACACCUUGCUAACUGAAACUCUGGCUCUGAACAAGAAAAUCGAUGCCAUGAAACAGUUUCAAGAGGAGGUUGAGCAGCUGAAUGAGGUAGCCAACCAGAAGCCGCACUCGCAACUGAUCGAAAACAUUCAAAAAGAAAACCGCCAUUUGCGGGAGAUUCAGCAGGAAAACAGGGAAUUGAAAUCUGCAUUGGAGGACUACCACUGCACUCUUGAACAUAUAAUGAGCAAAUACAGGGAGCAUACCAAUGAGCGAAUCUACCGCUCGAAAAUUGACCUAAAGGCUGUUCAGAACCAGAGAUAUCAAUCCAUAAUCCAGCAGCAAGCUGACAAAAUCAAAGAAAUGGCCGCAGUAAUGCAACGAGCGGCUGCAUUAGACGACGACAGCAUGCUGGGCUAUCAGGAGAUGGUCUCUAAGCUUUCAGCCGAAAAUAAGGGCCUCAGGGAGCUGUUGCACUUGUCAAAAAACUCCGCCACUGAGGAUAAGAACAUGCAAACUGAGACGUCCUGAACCACGUUCAAACUGUGUAUAUUAACUCAAAACUCUUAGGUAUAUUUAUUUAUUUCUUCACAGGUAACAGAGGGAUCGGGAAGUUUGGUUGGCAUAAUUUUUGAAAAAGCAAAUAAAUAUACUGUCUUCACUACUCACUGUAUGUUAUGUAUGUAGGAAAACCCUUGUGCACUUGAUGAAUAAAAGACUAACUUUAUAAAAAAA